CCCACCGAUGGCGGGCAAAUUUGGAGUUUUGAGUUUUAUUCAGUCAACAAAAGAUAAUGAUCGAAGAUUUAGAACUAAUAUUGAUGCUAUUAUCGAAAGGUAUGGAAACCCAGACCCCAGUGAUGACAUUAUUGAUCUACAGUCAUUUCAAAUUCUAAGCAAUAGAGGUUCAUUGGAAAAUCAUAAAACAUGUUGCUUUGGAUUAUCAAAGUUAGCCACCACACAACGAAGAGAACAGUAUCAAACGAGGAACAGCAAUAACUGUGAUGGAAAAACUCCAGAAUCUAUAUGUGAAUCAUUUCUGGAUGAUGAACUUGAUGCAUCUGUUGCUGAAGAAAACUGCACCAAGAUAUUCAGCUUCAUUUGUGUGGAAGAAAAUGAUCCAAGUGAUGCUGAAACAUUGAGCUCUUGUAGCACACAGAGCGAUAUAUCCUGGGAAGAUUUAAACAAUGGUCUGUCACAGACAUCCGAUGAACUAGAAGAUGGGCAGAACCUGCAGGAAAGUGACGGUGAUGUAGUUGUCAGCAAGUCAUGGUACUCAUUAAGGAAAUCAACCAGUAUAUCAUCAAGCAAUAGUGUGGCUAGUGUAUCUGGUAUAAAAACAUUAUCUACUAUUAACAAGCCAGAUUGUCUACCCAUGGAAAAGACUAUUGCUUCUAAAACAAAUAAAGUUGUAAUACGCAAGAAACUUAAACUAAAAAAGUCGGAAAGCUUUGAUCAGUCUCCCGGUUUGAAGAAAUUAGGUAGUGAUUCUCUUCUUCUGAAUGGUGAAUAUUGCACAUCAUCUGUUAAGGACUCAGUUGAGUAUGAAGGUAGCUCAGAAGAUUCGGCCUUUGAGCCAUGUCAUGAAGACUCUCCACAUUUGUCCUAUAAGGCUGACAUUGUUCGUGCAUGGGUCCACGAUCAAUUGGAGAAUCACCAGAACACUGAACUCUGUGAUACUGGUUUGUAUAGCAGUCAUUUCACUCUGGGUGGGGUGGCCAGUGCCAGGAUAAAGAAAGAAGUACCAGAUGAAAGUGAAGACAACGGAGCUGUGAGAAUGAGUGUGACUAGUAAAUUAAACAGUUCCACAGACUCGGGGGCCACCUACAUCAUUCCUGUUAACGAGCCUAUGGACUGCAACAACAACAACAGUAAUUUGUCGGACAGAUUUCCAAAUAUUUGUGAGAAAAACAAGGUAGUGAUGCAUUCUGAACCUGUUUGUUCUCCCCAGAAACACAGCAUGAUUUCAGAUGAUGUGACAGUAUGUGUUAAGAAAUACUUGCCAUGUUCAGCUUCACGGCGCAUACUAAGAGCAAGAAAACGAUUUAAAUGUAAGCCACCACUAGUGUCAAUGACUGAACAGCAGUUACAAGAAUUCUUCGACUCUCCAUGUCCAGAUUUCACAUUGUUCUAUCCCACUUUAGCUUGUGACACGAGUAAAGAUUCGGUAUCAGAGGUUAACAGCAUUACUGGAUAUAAAAUUCUGUCAGAAGGUGAAAUAAAGUGUGAAAAAUUUGAAGGAAAUGUCUUGAAUGCUUCAGACACUGACUCCAACAGAGAAGUAAUGACAGCUUUAGAAACAAGACCAGCCCCCACUAACUAUGUUAGCAGUCAACCGCCUCGAAGAGAAACUUCACUUAAACCAACUAAAUUAGAAUUCUCAACCAUUUCUGCAAAAAACAAAUUGAGACCAACAUCUAGCACUGCACUAAGUGCAUAUGGAAAUGGUGACGAGCAUGACACAACAUUGAAGCAGAUUCCUGCAGAUGCAACGUUUUUAGUGAAUGCAUCUGAAGUUACACCUUUGAAAAGACUUGAAAACAUGUUGGAGAAAAAAAAGAUACACGGGAGUGUGAAGCAGAUGCUAAACCAGAUGAAACAAUAUGUUCCUUUAGUCAUGUCAAAUCAGCCAUGUAACAGGAUCCUGUCUGUAAAUGCCCAAGACUCUGACCAAGAUGAUUCUUCCGUCAUUAACAAUUUGACAGUAGUUUCUGACAAUGAACAGUCAUGCAAUGACAUGGUUAGCACAGGUUCAGGACAAAGUUGGUCUACUAUUAAAGACAAAAAAAGGAUAUAUAAGCAGUGUGAGAGAACCUCUGUGAACAUGUCCCAGAAACCACUAGAGAUGUCCCCAGUCAGUCGUCUGUCAUCUCUGAGACUAUCAAGUCCCAUUCCAUCCACAAAAAUGAGAGUUGUAUCCAGUACAAGAAAAAAUAAAGGUACUUACAAACAUCUCCAUGAUGAAAGCAAGUCAGAUGGAGUCUUGUUGACUCCUGAAAACUCCAGCAGAAUAAGGAUUUCCAGUGUAUUUCCAAGUUGUCCCAAAUAUACAACUGCAGCAGACGUUUCACCCAGUUCGCAGAAAACAAGGAAAGUAAACAACUCACAGCUAGAAAAUGCUACAGCAAACCCUCACAAAGAGCAAAUGUAUUCAGAUAGGUCUCCCAACUGUCAACAAACACCAGCAAGCAACUUCAGUUACAAAAUGCCGAAAUCUAAUGGAGCUGUUGUCAGUUCAAAUUCUAAAUGUUCAAAGGCAAUAGGUAGCUCAGAAUAUAGAUUGCUCAAUUCCCCCAAAGAUACAGAUCUACCAUCAAGAUGCUCAGAACAUUGGCAUCAGAUGAAUAGAAUCACAAAAGACAAUGUAAAUGGUCUCUUGAACUUUCCUUCUAAUUUUGAGCAUUCUAUAGUACAUGCAAAUUUAAUCAAACGGGGACUGAUGCAAAAGAAUGUUCAUAUAAAACGACUACAGAAACAAACAAGUACUCCAUUAAAAAGACAUAUAGCUUCAGUUAAACGGACUCGGUUUUGUUUGAAUGAUACUUUAUCCACCAUAGCAGCCAAUGUGGAUGUAGCUGUGAUUGAACCAUAUGACGAUGGAGAUCAAAUUAUCACACUAAGUCCAUAAAACAAGUCGUCUUACAUUUUGUUGGAGAUUAGUUUUAGAUGUUAGAUUUUGUUGAAAUCUGUACAGUGUAGGACCUUUAUUGGGUGGGCGUUAGAUUAAAUUAAAAUGCGUGUGUGUGUGUGUGUGUGUUUACAUGUACAUACUAGAAUCUCGGGUCGAACUCAGAAGGUUUGAAUAUACUGCAACGCCCGAACCAAAAACAAAGUCCCAUGUUUUUUGUUCAGUAAACACUUAUAUUAAGUGCUGACAGGUCGAACAUGUCCUUGGUUGACUAUAAGCCUUCUCUCGAACUAAAUUAUUGGUCCCGUCGGUGUUAUUACGAUAUUUCCCUCAAACUGGUGAUCCAUAAAAUAUCAACUGGGAAACCACCGAACAGGACUAACAAUUGCUGAGCUUGUGCAGUUGGUUAUUACUACCUCAGGAUUAAUUAUUUAGAAAGAAUGAACUAUCUAUUGAUGAAUUCGGGAAUCGCAACAGUAGACAUGCGAUCCUUUCUUUACCACACUUGCCAAGUUGUUUGUUAAGUGGAUAUUGGUAAUGAUAUUUCAAGUACAGCUAGUGUUAGUUUAACUGUUAGAUGAAUUGUGAUACCAAUUGAAUAGUUGGUGCACACACGGGUCUCGGCAUAAAGCUUUACUUUUAACACACUGAAACGAUGGGCGACUUGAUGAACCGUAAUCACUUCAGCAACCAUAUACUUAAUUACUACCGACAAGGGUUUCUGUAUCACAUAAUAGGCCUAAUUUCAAAUAUAUUUACAUUUCUGGAAAGUGGAUAAUGUUGUGCUUUUCUGACAUGUUCAAAUUAAUUAUCAAUAAAUUCAUGUAAAUACAGA